AUUAUUUUACUGAUUUUUUAUUAAACUUUGUUUCUCCAACAGCUUCAGCUGUAACCACAACAGGAAUGACUGCACAAGAUGCAACAACUAUAAAGGGACCAACAACACAAGGAAACAUCACAACAGUCUCGGGACCAACGACUACAAGCACAGAAUUCAUUCCAUUGACUACAACUGUCGAGAAAACCACAACUUCUCCAGUUUACACAACGUCCACAACCAAACCAGUAACCAUAUUUCCACCAAUAACUACAGCCAACAUCACAACAAUGGCUCCUGUAAUAACUACCGCCAAUGCCACAGUAAAUGCUCCUGUACCGCCGUCUGUUGGAAACUCAACAGAUCCAGAUAAAUUUAUUACGAAUAAUUUAUUAACAACGACCUCUAAAAACGCAACUGGUCCAGUACCGACACCAGUCGCAGCCACAUCAAACGCUACAGUAUCAACAGCAGAUAAAACAUCUACUUCGAUAGCGGUGAUAUUUGAUAACACAACAAGUGUACCAGUGACAACGUCCGCUAAAACCACAACAAAUGCUCCAGUGACAAAUACAACAAAGGGCGUAACAACUGCACAAGAAACGACGACAAGCUCCACAACAACCGUUCCACCACACAACAACAACAACAACAACGACAACUCCGUCGCUUACAACCACCACUGCAAGCUCAACGACAACAACGAUACCCAUUAACACCACAACAAGUUCAACCUCUACGACUACACCAAGUUGUGGUGCUACUCGAGCUUAUUGCCCUAACUGUGGGGUAACUGCGAUCAGCGUAACUGGAGUGAGAAUCGUCAAUGGAGACGCAGCGUCAGAAAACGAAUAUCCACACCAAGUCAUCGUUUACCCAACUAUAUUAGGCCGCAGAUAUCUAUGCGGUGGUUCCAUCAUCAAGAAGCGGUGGAUUCUCACUGCCGCCCAUUGCUUUUAUGAUACUGCUGGGAGGAAAGCAAUGCAGAGUGACAUCGAAGUUGGUUACGGAAGUAUUGAUAUCUAUUCGAUGACGGUAGUGAGAGCAAGGGGAUUUAUUAUUCACGAAAACUAUGACACAAUCACACAAGCCAAUGACAUCGGCCUUAUUGAACUUCCAACCGACCUCAACUAUGAGUCAAACAGCUCAAUCCGGCCCAUCUGUUUAGGACAGGAAUCCGACAUCAUCGACGGGGUCAAAGCAGUGGCAUCCGGUUGGGGAACAACGUCUUACAUGGGAACACCGGUCACACGACUUCGGGAAGUGGCCCUGGAUGUCAUUCCAGUGACGCAGUGUGCUCGCUUAACCCUACUUCCUGAUGACCCGUCAAAGGUUUUAUGCGCGCUUACAAACUACAAGGAUACUUGUCAGGGCGACAGCGGUGGACCUCUCAUUGUCAAAAUCUGUCCAGACCGGUGGGCGCAAAUUGGUAUUGUGAGUUAUGGCGAGGGAUGUGCACAGCCUGAUAAACCAGGAGUUUACACCCGUCUACCGGCAUACAGGAAUUGGAUUGAUUUGAACUCUGGAUCGUCAACGACCUGCUGAUGAUUCAUCUCGUAAUUAUUGACUUGAUGGAAUCACUUUCAAAAAUAUAUAAUAAUAAAGGCCUGAAAACUCAUACUCGAUUAAUCUGGGGAAUGCGUAUCAAUCAGAUAAGAAUUAUGGAGGGUACAAUGAUCUUCUGCAGAGUAUUUCAUAUCUAUUUUCAAAGCAACUCGGGAUUUGAUGAGUCUCAACUACUCCAUAACUUAUUGACCUUCCUUUUGCUCAUAUGAAUUUUAUCAUUAUUAUUAUUAUUUCUGUUAUCGCUAUUAAUUGCUGUUAUCGCUGUUAUUAUUAUAAUUACUGUUUAUUUUUAUUUAUUCAUAUAUUUAUUUUUUUGGCUACGGCAAAAGAUCCUUCCAUUUCAAACGACCUGGAAGAGAUCAGUUUCUGGCUUCACAAUUGUCUCUGAUUCCAACCUCAUAUCUAUCAUGCAACGAUUCCAAUCAGGGAGUUUCUGUUAUGAUUGUUUGUUUGUGUGUGUUUUUACGUUGGAUGGAACCAUUAUGGUUAUUCAGCAACGGGACCAACGGCUUUACGUGACUUUCGAACCACGUCGAGAGUGAACUUCUAUCACCAGAAAUACACAUCUCUGACUCCUCAAUGGAAUGCCAGAGAAUCGAACUCGCGGCCACCGAGUUGGUAGUCCAAGACCAAACCGACCACGCCACUGAGGCACUUGUUAUCAUUAUAUUAUUGAUGUUAUAGUUAUCACGAUCGUUGUUGAUAUCAUAUAUGUCAUGAUUAUAAUUUGUAUUUUCAGUUUGCCUUUAUCGCCUCUCUGAAAGAUAUUCCUGGUCACCAGAUAUAUCUUUGAUUUUGUUCUGUGGUCUGCACCUUGAAAACGAUCGAUAUACCUCAUAAUAAAGACUGA